AUGUUUAGUAGAGCAGAUGAUGAACGUCUACAAUUUAUUCGCAAACAACAAAACAGAUUUAGAAGAGGGGGUCAAGAAAAAGAUGAAUCACUUAGUGAUGAAGCAGAAUUAAACACUGAAAAUAUUUAUCUACCAGCAUCGCAUACACUUUCAUAUAGAUGCCAGAGAUAUACACAAAAAAACAAUAAGUGUCAAUGGAAUUAUCCUAAAUCAAUUCAAGAAUACUCUACAAUUGACAAUCAAGGGCCAGAUAGAGCAGAAAUAAGAAUUCAAACAAAUGAAAAUAACGAAACAGAUAAAAUAAUUGUUAACGAAAUAAAAGAUUACCUUAAUGCUCAAUACCUUUCAGCUAUGGUAGUAAUUUGGCAAAUAUUUAAAUAUAAUAUAACUUCACAAAUGUCAUCAGUGACAUGUUUACUGAUUCACUUACCCAAUGAACAAAUAAUCUUACAUAAAAAUUAUAACAUCAAACUUUCUACAUUACAAAGAUAUUUUCUUCGUCCAACAAACACAGCAUUUAAUGAUCUUACAUAUUGUAGAUAUAAUGAAUUAUAUACUUUUAGUUAUAUAGAAAAUAUAACUGAUCAAUAUUAA